UAGUUUCAUUGAAGUGUGUGUAUGGCGAUGUGUUAACUACUAAUUCAAUAAUUUAUAUUUUAUGAAUGUGUGUUCAAUAGGUAUAAACAGUAAUCACAUAAAUUGUAAAGUAUAAGGCUUCUCAUUUUAUUUUUUCUCCUAAUUUUGUGUGUGUUAAUUUUCAGUAGAUUUGAUAAAUUGAUUUUCCCAACAAUCAAAUUCUUGUGUGGUACGAGAUUUUGUAAAUUGUAUAAAUGUAUUCUAUUUCUAGUUAGCCUGGCAUUGCCGAUUGAUUAUACUGUUUAUACAAAUUACAAGUUAUACUUAUAGUCUAAAUUACCCAAAUAGAGCACUAAAGGUAGGCCUUACCAUAUCGUAUAUAUAUUAAUACUAAUAGUCUCUAGUGGGUGAUGAAUGUGUAGUUAGUUUUACGACGAGAAACUUUCCUUAGCCUGAAUUUGAAGCUUGUAAAAAGAGUAAUUUGCCUCCAAUUUCUAAUAAAACAAUACAAUGAAUAGACCUAUUUCUACGUAUAAAAGAGUUCAGCAGUGGGCAGUGUUUGGGCGGCUAUGGUUUCUUUUUGAUGCUAAAUGGCAAAAUCCUUUCGAUUCAGCAGAAAAGAUUGCAAAGUAUUUAGCAGGAAAACAUAAACCAAUCUACCAUCCUCUUAGUGAUGUUGGAGACCAUGUUGUUGUGAUUAAUACUAAAGACAUUGCUUUACCAAACAAAGAGUGGCGUUAUCGGAUGUAUUAUCAUCAUACUGGUUUUGCUGGAGGCUCAUCAUGGACAUCUGCUUGGGAGCUUCAUAAUAAAGACCAAACAAAAGUGUUGUGGAAGGCAGUAUAUAAAGCAUGUGGAGGAAGUCUUUUGCGUCACAAUAUGAUGGAAAGACUUCAUCUUUUUCCAGAUGAUAAAAUCCCCCAAGAACUUAUGGAGAACAUCUCUGAUCACAUGAAACAGCUUCGCCCGGUACCUAAAGCUUUACAUGAAUACACAGAAGAAGAAAUAAAGAACUUUCCAAAAGUUUUUGAGUGGCCAGAAGAUUAUGUUUUAAACUGAUCAUUAAAAUUUAGACAGUUUUUCCUAGUUUCUCUAUGCCUGAAAGAAAUUGUAAUGUGCUAGAAUUUUUGUGUUGUUGAUAAAUAUGUUGCUGUAAUCUAUAAAUCCAGUUCUAACACUGGACAUAGGUUACUCUUAUUAAGUGUUAGUUCAAAGAUCCUGAAAUAAUUUUACAUGCUGUAUGAUUCUAAGCCAAAAAUGAUUCUUUCCAAAAAUAUAACACCUAAAAAUGCAGAUUAAAUGGCAUUCAGUGUUUAGUUGAAUAAAAAUUUUAGAUAAAAUAA